AUGAAAAUUAUAGCAAUAGGCUUUUUAAAUUCGUUCAACAACCCGGACGUGGAUUUCGAUGAUGAAAGAAUGGAAAGUAAUGAAUUCAGCAGCAACAUUGAUGUGAUGUAUUUGGAGAGUUUGAGAGCAAUCAACGAGAAAAUAAAGGCUUGCAUUUCUUGCAGUGAGCAGGAAUGUCCAAUAAUGAAAGAGCGAAUGAAUCGUCACAUCAUGCAACAUCAUUCGUUCACGAAUGGCGAACGAUUAAGUGCGCAAAGUGGUGCACAUGUAUACCGCAACACGUCUCCAAAAGACGACGACACUUCACCUACAUCUAAAUACAGUAAAAGCUUACGUAACAAGAUCGUAGAGUGGUCGAAAGAUAUACCAGUAUAUCCUAAUCAGAUCUUCGAAUUUAAAAAGCAAAAUCUAUUAAAUAUGCUUAUCGAAAAUAUUAAUGAUAUGAGUAAAAAUAUAGAUGAUGAAGAUUACCAUUUGAAACUUGAAAAUGUCGUAAAUCGCUUCUUAAACUCGCUACCAGGUCUCAACAAGGAACCACUUUACGGGAAACUGAAAGACACUCUUCUAGAUCAAAUUCAUAUGUUAAAUAAUAUUUUUUUUAAUGACCAAACUAACAACAAUCAAUUGUCUUCAAGCAGUACAAAUAAACAAGAUAGUGUGAAUAGGAACACGUUUGGAAUCCAAGAAAGAAGUACAUCCAAAGAAAAAAACAAUAUAUUUUUCAAACCACCUGAAACGGCUACAGAAGAUGUAACACUGCCUUAUAAAAUGACUUCUCAGGAAAAUUCAUUUUCUACAGCUAGCGGAAAGAGAAUUUCAGAUAUGAAAUCAGCAGCUAACAAUACAAACGCGUCUACCGUUGACUGCCAUCGUGCAGAUGGUUCAACUAAGCCUGAAGUUAAAGAAGUAGCUACAAAUGCUCCACUGGAUAACAUCGUAAACGAAUCUUCGAAGCAAAAUACCUCAACAAACACUGUCAUUCAAUACUAUAAUGAAGUUAUCGGCCCAGAUAUUAUUCUUUGUGAUGAAGCAUAUAAUACUAAUGAUUUGGCGAACGUUCAAGUUCAAGUAACAAAAAGCAUUAUGAACGCUAUAGUUGUGGAUGAUAACUCAACAUCUGAUAUUGAGGAGUAUAGUCGUAUUAAAAAAAUAUUUAAAGAUAAAGUAUUUGGCUGGAUGAAUGGUUUAAUGGAGAACAGAGACUAUAAAUUUGUAAAUAACAAAGUGGAUAAAAAUUUUAUAGCUGAUGUCUUGUGGGAUGAACUAAAGCCACACGUUAUAAGCAAGUCGACAGAAAAAAGUAAUCGUAUGUUAAAAAGGAGAUUGCUAGAUGUUCUUGAUCGAAUGCCAUUGAGCACUUCGCGAUUAGAUCCUGUAUAUAAACAUCAAAUUGCUGAAGAUUUAUACAGCAGGUUGCUGGGCAUGAACUAUAACGAUAACGAUUCUAAAAAAUAUUUCGUACAAAAUUUUAAUAAUUGUAAUAUAAAAGACGCAAUGUUAGAUUUACAGCGAGAUCUAAAAAAAAUACUUAAGAAAUCCUUCAAAAGUAUAGGUUUGGACAUCCCAGAUAACGUACAGAAUGAAGUAGCUUUAAUUUUACUAGACAGUUGCAACAAGAAUAUUAGUAAUAUGCGGAUAAAAGAAAAAUUAUUUGUCUUCCUUAAAACUUUAAUUAGCUUAACAACGACGGAAACAUUUGACCUUAUCAAUUUUAUAAUGGAGGCAACAAAAAACUACAUAAAGGGAAUAAAGUAUUAUGAAAGUACAAGUAGGACUCAAAAUUUCGGUUCUUUAACUUUUUCUGGUACGCUCGCCGUUUUUCCGUCCGAACAAGAGCUUAGAGGUCCGACAACAUCUCAAAAGCAUAAAUCAGCUGUUAAAAUUCAAGAUAAUUCUAAUAAAUCUUAUGAUAGUACUUACCUUAAUAAUAUUAUAGAAAUAAUCAGGGCAUGGCUGGAUACAUUACCAAAAGCGUUUAGCUCUGAUGAAGUUCAAGAAGAAAACAUACAAUGUUUAGCGACUGAAAUUUACGAUCAAACACAACUCGAACAAUUGGGAGAAGAAACGAAAACAGAAAGUUCCAAGUACAAAUCUUUCCUUAUUCGAAAAUGGUUAAAUAAAUUCGAUUUUUUCGAUGAUUUCUCUGAAGCCAAACCAUACAUUGCACAUCUUGUUAGAGAAUUAAACGAUGUACGCGAAACAGAAUCUGAGAAACAACAAACGAAAACAAUCAUAUGUUGCGGUACCAAAUCACACAUAUCACAUCCUGAGUAUAUAAUGAAAAAUCUUAUCCUAAAGUUUAUAGAGUACAAUUAUUUAGAAGACAAUUUAGAAGUUAAGAGUGUUUUUGCAGACUUGUUAAAGUCAGAACUUCCAAAUUUAAGUUUUCCUUCGCGAAAUGAAGUUUAUGAUACGUUACAAAAUAAAACUGACGGUAUUUCAUCCUUUCAAAGGUUAGAUAAGGAAUUGCAAUACAUUAUUGUGAUAGCCGAGUGUAUACAAGAUGUUCCUUUAAGCGACACAUUCACUAACACAAAGCGAAAUGAAAUUAUGAAUAAAUUAGCACAAAAUAUGUAUGUGGCAGAAAAUAAGUUAUCAGAUUCAACAAGUAUGGAAGAUAUAAUACAGAAAUUUGUAGAUGAACUUCCAAUAUCGAUAUUACCCGGAUACACUGAAUAUUUUGACAACAUUGUAGGCGAUUUAAUAGACAAACUUAUAAAUAAUCGAAAUUCAUCCCCUUGUUGUUGUUUUGCCAGCACAGAAAAAGUAAAUUCUUCAAUCAAUGUUGAUACGCUAAGUGAUUAUAUAGAAUCAUUUAUCCAAGAAAAUCAUCAAAAAUUGACUGAAAAUGAAAUUGUUCUAGAAGCAUGUUCGUUACGUCUGCUCAAUGAAACAAAUAAAUUAAUAAAAGAAAAUCCUAGUGCCUUUGACACCGCAAAAGUUUAUGAGAGAUUAGGCAAUGCGGACAUAUCAAACGUUCAACCGAUUCGUCGAUUUAGUGAAGAAAUGAAAUAUGCGAAAGAUAUAUCUGAUUGGUUACAUAACUUACCACUAUUGCCCGUUUUAAAUGAAAACGAUGCCAUUAAUAGAACAAAGCAAAUAAGCGAAUUGACACACAAAAUACGUGAAUAUAGUGAAUGUAAAAAGCAAGAUUCAAACAACUCUGAUAUCGAAGCAAACUUUAAAGGUUACUUGGAGAAUUGGUUAUUAUCUUUACCACUAGAUAGUCGGAAGGAAAUCGUCAUACCGGUCGUUAUUCAACAACUCAUAAAUAGGAUUGCGAGAAUUAACAAUCAAAUAUACAAAGAAGAGGGUAAUGGGCCCAACAUAGUUUGUCAAGCGCCCGUACCUUGCUGUAGUAAUGCCAAAAUUAAGAAAAAACAAGAUCCUGCUACAGUAAUUGUAGAAACAAUAGAGAAAUGGUGCAACGAUUUACCUAUUGAAGGAGAAACUGAAAAAGUUAAUUUAUUGAAAGACAGUAUAGCAACCAAGCUCUAUCAAAAAAUUGGCGAUAUAAACAAUAAUCCUACAUAUUUUAAUGACGAUAUCUUAUAUAAAGAUGUUUUGUUGCAUGAAAUUGAUGUUCUACUAUCUAAUGUACCACCAAACGAUAAGUUACUCAAUAGACAGUUACAUUUAAAAAAUAAGCUUGUACAAACGAUAAUGGAUAAUAAAAAACUUUUGAAACAAAAGAUAUCUGGAGGCCGAUACAAAAAACAACUAGAAGAUAAAAUCGCAAUGUCUAUAGCUGAGAAUAAUACUGUGUCCGAAAGCGAGGAUCCAGCUUUUGAAAUUUACAAAGACCGUCUCGCAACUAUUUUUAUUUUGGAUAACUUUGAUCACAGUAACAACGCGGUUAAAUUAAAAUACGAAAAUAAAAUUCGAGAAGAUAUUGACAAAUAUCACAAAAAUGCUUUAAAACGGUAUACUACAGCUAUUUCUAAAGAACAAAUGUUUAUGGACUUAUACAGUGCUUUAUUUGACGUGUCUGUUCCAAACGAGGAAUCUUUAUGUGAAGAAAUUGAAGAAAUCAAAACAAAAUGUGAAAUUCAAAUAUGGUUUGAAAAAUUGCCUUUAAGGGAAGCUACCAACUUCGCUGAAUUAUUACAGUUGGAUAAAAUUCUUUCCAUGUUAGCAAAAAAAAUACAUCAAAUAGAAAAUACAGACCCUAAUCUUGACGAUAAAUUACACAAAGAAAUCACAAAAUGGCUACGGAGACUACCACUAUCGCCAGGCAAAGAAGCUCAUGUUGAUCAAUUCGCAAGUGAACUAAAUGCUAGAUUAAAAUCAACUUUUUCAAUGAGAAAGUGCGUGCCGCAAGUUAAUAUUUCUAAGCUCAUAGAAAAGGUCAACUCGCGGACCACUGCGGUCCCUCGAUCAGAAAAUGAAGUGGAAAAUGCAUUAACAACAUUUAGCCAAAUACGACCGAGACAAAUAAAAAGACCGAUGGAUGUUAUUAUUGAAACUGUACAAGCUUGGUGCAACAAUUUACCUCUGCCAGCCAAUACUCCACAAGAAGCAGUAGACAUUAAAGCGUUCAAGGAUAGUAUUGGAAUCAAAAUAAUUUUGAAAAUAAGCGAGUUAAACUUGAAUCCUGAAAUAUUUAACGAUAACUUUCAAUACGACUCUUUACUGGAUGACGAAUUAGAAAAAGUUUUUGAUUUAUUAUCUCCAUGUUGUGAUGCUGUAAAAAAUAAAAACAAUCUAAAGAAACAAUUGAUCGAUGCAAUUAAUUCCAUCAAGCCGAUAAUUUAUGAAGAAAAUUCUCGCUAUAAGUAUAAGCAGGAUUUGAAAACUGUAGUAACUAAUAGCUUGGGACUGUCGCAACCAGAAACGGAACAAAAGAUCAGUAAUAGUAAACAAAAUCGUUGA